AUGCCUCUUGCAAAGAACGAAUAUCUCAGCGACUCCUGGAAAGAUGGCAUCUUCGCAAACAAGGUGGUCUUCUGCACCGGGGGUGCCGGGACCAUCUGCAGCGCCCAAGUCCGGGCCCUAGUUCACCUCGGAGCAAACGCCUGUAUCAUCGGUCGCAAUGUCGAGAAGACUGAGCGCGUUGCGCAAGAUAUUGCGACUGCGCGACACGGCGCCAAGGUAAUUGGAAUUGGUUCGGUGGACGUGCGCAAGCUCGAGGCUUUACAGCAAGCCGUGGAGCGCUGUGUGAAGGAGCUCGGAGGGAUCGAUUUUGUCAUUGCUGGUGCGGCGGGUAACUUCCUGGCUUCUAUUGAGCAGCUCUCGGCCAAUGCCUUCAAGUCAGUGAUGGAUAUUGAUGUGAUCGGCUCUUAUAAUACCCUCAAAGCUACUCUGCCAUACUUGAAAGAGUCCGGCAAAAAGCACCAGAUGGAUAACAAGUCUCUUCAGCCAUCUCCCAUCGGAACUGGUGGUAGAAUCAUCUUCGUCAGCGCAACUAUUCACUACCGGGGUAUGCCUUUCCAGACCCACGUGUCGGUCGCCAAGGCUGGUAUCGAUGCUUUGUCGCACAGUGUCGCGCUCGAGUAUGGUCCUCGUGGCAUGACCUCCAAUAUUAUCGCACCGGGUCCUAUUGCACAGACGGAGGGCUUUGAACGACUCCUACCAUCUGACGCAUUGGAGGCCUACAUUAAGAGCCAGCCUCUCGGUCGCGUGGGCCACGUUCGGGACAUUGCCGAUGCCACUGUGUAUCUGUUCUCAGACACCGGUAGCUAUGUUACCGGUCAGACCCUUGUUGGUGAGUUCAUCUGA